UCUUCCUUCCCUCUCUCUUUUCGCUCUCUUUCUUGUUCGUUCGACGGUCGGUAGUUUCUCCCGGAUAAUCUUUUAACUUUCCGAUUAGAUUACCGACCGUUAGUCCUCUAUUUUUCUUUGAAUCUUCGAAGUUUUUCGAUUGAUUUUUGCUAUUAACCCCAUUUCUCCAUUCCGUUUUGGCGCUUCAGCUCCGGAUUUAGUUGCUGGCGCGAUUGGGUAUAACUCCUAAUUUUUUGAACAAUCACUUUCUGAGGGCGGAAAAUUACUGUUCACGAUUUUCUAGGGGAAAAAAAGGGACGAUUCGACGUUGAAGAAGAAGCGACAUAUUUCAGGUCUUAUCUGAGAUUGUGAAAACCAUCGGAAGAAAUGACUAGUCAAGGCGGUUCUACUAGGAGAAGUAUGUCCUUGACGAACAUAUCAUUUCACGGACGGAAGAAAAUCAAUGAGAACGGAAGCUUGGAUACACCGAGGAAGUCUCUUUCAUCCUCUCGUUCAUUACAACUCAAUGGAGAGCGUACGGUGAAACGAUUGCGGCUGUCAAGAGCACUGACGGUUCCUGAAAGUACUACCAUCUACGAGGCUUGUCGUCGGAUGGUUGCUCGUAGAGUUGAUGCUUUGUUACUGACUGAUUCAAAUGCUUUACUUUGCGGUAUCCUCACUGACAAGGAUAUAGCAACGAGGGUAAUUGCUUGUGGAGUUAAUAUUGAAGAAACACCAGUGUCCAAAGUUAUGACGAGGAAUCCAGUCUUUGUUCUUUCUGACACCCUAGCCGUGGAAGCCCUCCAGAAGAUGGUUCAAGGAAAAUUUAGACAUUUGCCUGUAGUUGAGAAUGGGGAGGUCAUUGCAUUACUUGAUAUUGCGAAAUGUUUAUAUGAUGCUAUUGCACGAAUGGAAAGAGCAGCUGAAAAGGGAAAGGCAAUUGCAGCAGCAGUUGAAGGUGUUGAAAAAAGUUGGGGAGCCUCUGUUUCUGGUCCUAAUACUUUUAUCGAGACACUUCGAGACCGUAUGUUCAGACCAUCUCUGUCUACGGUACUCCCUGAGAAUUUAAAGAUUGUUACAGUUCCACCAACAGAAACAGUUUUGAUGGCAACAAAAAAGAUGCUUGAACUUAGAGUGAGUUCUGCAGUCGUGACAGUUGAUAACAAGCCACAAGGAAUUCUCACGUCAAAGGAUAUUUUGAUGCGAUUAAUAGCGCAAAAUCUUCCACCAGAAUCCACACUUGUAGAGAAGGUCAUGACUCCACAUCCUGAAUGUGCGUCAAUUGAUACUCCGAUAGUUGAUGCUCUGCACACUAUGCAUGAUGGAAAGUUCUUGCAUCUUCCAGUGAUAGACAGAGAUGGAAACGUUGUUGCUGUAGCUGAUGUAAUACAUAUCACCCAUGCUGCCGUUGCCACGGUUGGAAAUGCAUCUGGAAUUGGCAAUGAGGCUGCAAGUUCUAUGAUGCAGAAGUUUUGGGAUUCUGCCAUGGCCUUAUCGCCAAUUGAGGAUGAAGAUGAAUUGCGUAGUGAAAGUUCAAUGAGAUUGGCUUCUGAGGAAACGGAUUUUGUUAGACCUCUUCCCUUUCCAUCAUCUGGAAUGUCAAAUACUUUUUCUUUUAAACUUGAAGAUAGGAAAGGUCGCAUGCAUCGAUUUUCUUGUGAAACUCGGAAUUUAACAGAUGUUAUAACAGCAAUUCUUCAGAGAGUUGGCAAUGAUAUUGACCGCAACCAAGUGCCUCAGAUUUUGUAUGAAGAUGAAGACCGCGAUAAGGUUGUUCUAGCAACAGACGGUGAUCUUGCAGCAGCUGUAGAACACGCAAGGUUGGCCGGGUGGAAGUGUCUGAGAUUGCAUUUAGAAUAUCCAGGUAGUCACGGUCGCAAACGGGGUUCGGGUGCGGGAAUUAUGGAUUAUGCUCAAAGAGACGCAUGGGCGUCGGCGUACAGUGCAGUUGCAGCCGGAGCCGCCCUUGUUGCGGGGUUAGGCGUGUUAGCAUACAUGAGAAGAUCUGAAAUGCCAUUCCAUUUACACCCGUGAGAGUUGACGAGAUGUGGUUCAUGUGUCUGAAGGUUUUGCAGCUCCAUGAAUUCGUGGAGAUCUCGAGUAUAAGUCAACUUUCUACACUCCUCCAUACAUAAAUAUUCUCUUACCUCUCAUCUGCUUGCUUGAUUUUCUAUAUGAUUGUUGGUCGAUGUGAAUAUAUACCACUUCGGGCCAAUGCGGAAGAACAUGAUCACCUUUUAUUUUCUUUUUCCGUCUUGGAUAAGACUAUAAGUGGUGGCUCAGGCUCAAGCUCAAGCCUCCAGUUCCAUUUUGAAGUUCUUUCUCCUAAAACUUUUAGCAAUAAGCAGAUUAUUAUAUAGUAUAUUGAAUA